CUGUAAAGUGUUGGUGUCUGUGCGUUGUGGGUAGUAUUUAUUGUGGAAACGUGAGACAGCAACAUAAAAAUGACGCAUACGAACUUUGAGAUGGAAGUAGAUGACAGACCAAGUAAGGGUGAAGGCUUUCGUCAGUAUUACAUAACAAAAAUAGAGGAAUUACAAUUAGUAGUCGCAGAAAAAAGUCAGAACUUGAGGCGACUCCAGGCCCAGCGUAAUGAGCUUAAUGCCAAAGUCCGAAUGUUGCGUGAAGAACUUCAGCUCUUGCAAGAGCAAGGAUCUUAUGUAGGUGAGGUUGUGAAGCCUAUGGAUAAAAAGAAAGUCUUGGUGAAAGUGCACCCUGAAGGAAAAUUUGUUGUAGACUUGGAUAAAAACAUAGAUAUAAAUGAUGUAACAGCAAAUUCUCGGGUAGCUCUUCGAAAUGAAAGCUACACCUUACACAAAAUACUUCCUAAUAAGGUUGACCCAUUAGUCUCCCUCAUGAUGGUUGAAAAGGUGCCUGACAGCACAUAUGAAAUGGUUGGUGGCCUAGAUAAACAGAUCAAAGAAAUAAAGGAGGUUAUUGAAUUGCCAGUGAAACACCCAGAGUUAUUUGAUGCGUUAGGCAUUGCACAGCCAAAAGGUGUUCUACUUUAUGGACCUCCAGGAACAGGGAAAACGUUGCUUGCCCGUGCUGUAGCACACCACACAGAAUGUACAUUCAUCCGUGUUUCUGGUUCAGAGUUAGUUCAGAAAUUUAUUGGGGAAGGUUCUCGUAUGGUUCGUGAAUUGUUUGUAAUGGCAAGGGAGCAUGCACCAUCUAUUAUUUUCAUGGAUGAAAUUGAUUCAAUUGGUUCCUCACGAAUAGAAUCGGGAAGCGGUGGAGACUCAGAAGUGCAGAGAACGAUGUUGGAAUUGUUAAAUCAGUUAGAUGGAUUUGAAGCUACAAAAAAUAUCAAGGUCAUAAUGGCUACAAAUAGAAUUGAUAUUCUUGAUCCUGCUCUACUGCGUCCUGGACGUAUUGACCGAAAGAUUGAAUUUCCCCCACCAAAUGAGGAGGCACGCCUGGACAUAUUAAAAAUUCAUUCAAGAAAAAUGAAUCUCACUAGAGGUAUUUAUCUACGGAAAAUUGCAGAGCUGAUGCCUGGUGCUUCAGGAGCAGAAGUUAAGGGUGUCUGUACAGAGGCAGGGAUGUAUGCUUUGAGGGAACGGAGAGUACAUGUGACACAAGAAGAUUUUGAAAUGGCUGUGGCCAAAGUCAUGCAGAAGGACUCUGAGAAGAACAUGUCAAUUAAGAAAUUGUGGAAAUAAAAUAUUUUUACUUUGGAAAAAAAGUUCUAAAAAUAUACAGCUGCAUGUACAUAA